AUGGCGACCUCAAUGCUGCACUACUUGCGCUUCGGCAAUAACGCCGCCUCCUCCAAGGAAGCGGCGCCAGUCAACAAGUCCCCUGUGCGUGCUUUGCCCGCGUCAUGGUACACUUCUCAGGAGAUGUAUGAGUUCGAGCGCCGUGCUAUCUUUUCUAAGAGAUGGCUUUUUAUCACCCAUAGCUCGAGGCUUAGGGAGACCGGCGACUGGCUCCGCUACGACGUUGCGGGGUUCGACUUCAUCAUUACCCGUGACCGGCAGGGCGACAUCAACGCAUUUCAUAACGUAUGCAGACACCGUGCGUACCCAGUGAUUGAGAAGCAGGGUCAAGGAAACGCCAAGAUCUUAGCUUGUCGAUAUCACGGCUGGUCCUACGGGCUCAAUGGCAAACUAGCUAAAGCUCCUGGAUACCAAGAGUUGGAUGGAUUCAACAAGGAGCAAAACGGUCUCUUCCGUAUCCAUGUCAAGGUCGAUAUCAAUGGCUUCAUUUGGGUCAACAUGGACGCGAAGGAAAUACCAGAAGUCCCAUGGGAGGAACACUUCAGGGACGUUGAUAAGCAAGACCGAUACAAACCCUACAACUUCAACGACUACGAGCUUGACCAUACUUAUGAGCUAGACGGCAAAUGCAACUGGAAGAUCCUGGCUGAUAACUUCAAUGAAUGUUACCACUGCCCUACAACACAUCCGGAUAUCCCUGACUUUAUCAAUCUUGAAUCUUUUGACAGCGACGUCAAAGACGGACAUAUACAACACCAUUGUAUUUCUACACCAGAGCAGCUGGAGAAAGGUCUGAAUGUCGCCAGUACCUACUACUUCCCUAAUUCUUCCAUGACUGUUUCGGCGCACUUCAUUAUGGUCCAAAAGUUCCUCCCUAGGGGCCCCAACGAUUCCACGAUGGCCUACGAAAUCUACCGAAACAGAAACUCCUCUGAUGCCGACUUUAGACUGAUUAGUGAAAUGUACGCGCGCGUUAUGGCAGAAGAUAAAGUCCUCUGCUAUAACGCACAGAAGAAUCUCGACCGGGGCGUCUUUAUCAACGGCCAGCUACACCCCAAGUACGAGAAAGCGCCCCUCUUUUUCCAGAGCACAGUUCGCGAGGUCAUCACGGAGCAUUAUAACCGUGAGAAAGUCGAAGGGCGCGAGAUCUGGCCGGCGAGACGGAAGUUGCCCGGCGACGCGCAAGUGAGUGAAAUGGAUGAGGAGAUCUGCGCGGGUAUUAGCUGUGGAGCUCAGAAAGAGGUUUUGGCUUGGUGA